AUGGCUGAAAAAUUACUGAAAGCAAAAGACAUCAGUGAGAUGGUGAAAUACGAAAGUCUGUGGUUAGGGAUAAUCAUCUGUGCUGUCUCUCAGGCUGUGUGUUUUCUAAGCUUUAUUGCCCGGCUAAAUUGGAAAAAGGCCUGUCAGCAGGCUCAGGUACCUGCCAAUUUGAAACGAAACAUGGCCCAGGACAGGACUGCGGCUCUCUCCCAGGACCCACUUUGCCCAGCAGGCCCUGAAAACCAUGGAGGAAUGUGGAUAAGAGAGGUUGAAAAAACAGAGGAGAUUCAGUCGGAUCAGCAGACAUGCCAGGUAGAGUGUUUUGAGGUUCAUCCAAGGGCCGCGUGGAAAUUAUCUGGGAGAUAGCUGGCGCUGCGGCGAGGGCUGCUGCUCUUCGGGGUCAUUGUCAUCUUGCUGGUGGGGAUUUUAGUGAGAGUCUAUGUCAGAAUUCAGUGAUGUGGCGAGACAGAGAGAGAGAGGGAGAGGGAGAGGGAAAGGGAGAGAGAGAGUAGGCCAAGGGAUGCUUCUGACCUUACCAACAAAAAUUCAUUGGCCCAAAGGUGGCAGUUCGUUUUCAGUUAACGUUAUUCAGCUGUGCCCAUGGAGGUCAAGAACAGAGUUCCAAGAUAUAUUUUCUGAUGAAGAAAAGGAACGAAGGUAAAAAGUACGUGCUAGUCCAAAACAACGUCUGGAAGAUUACAUCCACCAUCAUUUCAACCGAAGACCACUGUGUACCGGAUGC